AUGCCGCGGCAUCUCAGCCAAUCGGAGCACAACUACGUCACAGUGCACGAGCCGCCCGUCCUCCGCUCGCCCGGCCGCCUUCCAUUCCUGGCAGCGCCCCGUUCCGCCGCCCGCCGCCCGACGCGUGCUACCCGACCGGGCGUCGCCGACAUCAGCAUCGCAGUCAUCGACGUAUUGCAUACUUCAGUGCUCUGCCGAUGGGCCCGCGUCGCCGAUCCCUGCGCCCCAAGGCCUCACCACUCGCUGGAUGGCUCCUUCGUGGCGUUACUUUCGGCGGAGGCACCCACUGUCCGCGUAGCCAAGUGCCGCCACCAGGCUCCAACGCUCCUAUCGAAACACGAUGCUAAGUAUCAAAAACGGGCGCCCGAUGCCGUCGCGCGCUGGGAACAUCGUGCGCAGUGCGCUGCUCAAAUGACAAAGAAGUUUUAUUAUAUGAAUGAAAAUGCAAAUGCACAGCUAUAG